AUGUUCAAGAACAGCUACCAGAGCGGCUUUCUCUCCCUCCUAUACUCCAUUGGCUCCAAGCCGCUGCAGAUAUGGGACCAAGACGUCCGGGAGGGUCAUGUGAAGCGCGUGACAGAUGAGGACAUCCAGGGGGCUGUCCUUGAGCUCGCGGCUGACAACAUUGCCAACGUGUCAAUAUCCUGCCCGGCAGACCCCAAUAAGAACCUCGGCAUCAAGCUGCCCCACCUUACCCUGCUGGUGAAGAACAUGCGCCGCUACUUCAGCUUUGAGGUCCACGUCAUCGAUGACAUGAACGUGAGGCGGCGCUUCAGGGCCAGCAACUACCAG